AUGAAGACCGCUGCUCGAGCAUUCUACUUGGGUCUUUUCACUCUUUUGAGUACUUGCACUUCACAUACAGAAGCUUCUGAUUCCUCGUCCAAAUCUAGAACGAUUCAAAGUCCAGAUGUUUGCGCGAUCUCCCCAAAAGCAAUCGUGUCUGAUGCUUGCACAACAUACGCUACCCUCGAUGACCUUAAUCGAGAGAUAUCGCCUUCCCUAGAUGAUCUCACACAAACCACCGAUUUCUUUGCAUAUUACCGGCUGAACUUGUACGGUAAGGAGUGUCCCUUCUGGAACGAUGAGAAUGGCAUGUGUGGCAAUAUUGCCUGCGCCGUAAACACAUUAGACAAUGAAGAAGAUAUACCGCUGGUAUGGAGGGCCGAGGAAUUGGGAAAACUAGAAGGGCCCAAAGCUGGCCAUCCCGGGAAGAAAGUACAACAAGAACGUCCAAAGAAACCCUUACAAGGCAAGCUCGGCGAAGAUGUCGGGGAGAGUUGUGUGGUAGAAUACGAUGAUGAGUGCGACGAGAGAGACUAUUGUGUACCGGACGAUGAAGGUGCCGGUUCGAAGGGAGACUAUGUGAGCUUGGUAGACAACCCGGAAAGAUUUACUGGAUAUACUGGUGAAGGGGCAAAGCAAGUUUGGGAUGCCAUAUAUCGAGAGAAUUGCUUUUCGAAAGCAUCCUUUCCUCACUCGGCAUCUCUUGGACACUCCCCACUUUCUCUGAAAGAACCUGCGGCGAAUGAACUUAAAACCGUUCUUAAACAACGUGGCCGUCAACACAUUCUGGAAGAGCAACGAGAGCACUCCCCAAACCUCCCAUUCGUAGCAGAAACUGGCUUCGAACUGGAAGACGAGUGUUUGGAGAAGCGUGUCUUUUAUAGAGUCAUUUCCGGCAUGCACACCUCCAUCAGCACACAUCUUUGCUACGAGUAUUUGAACCAAACCACUGGUCUAUGGGGCUUAAAUCUUCAGUGUUACAAGGACCGCUUACAUGGCUUUCCAGAACGUGUCUCGAAUCUCUACUUCAAUUACGCUCUUGUUUUACGAGCCGUCACAAAACUCGGCCCCUCUCUCGAAGAUUACACUUUUUGUUCAGGUGAUCCGGCCCAAGAUCAGCUUACCCAAUCCAAGGUGCAGACCUUGAUUUCAAAAGCAUCGAAAGAACCACAAAUCUUUGACGAAAGUUUAAUGUUUGUCAAUGGCGAGGGUCCAAGUCUGAAAGAAGACUUCCGCAAUCGCUUCAGAAAUGUUAGUCGAAUCAUGGAUUGUGUUGGUUGUGAUAAAUGCCGGCUAUGGGGGAAGGUUCAAACCGCGGGUUAUGGAGCAGCGCUGAAAGUUUUAUUCGAAACCGAGAACAAGUCGAAAGACGUUCCAACGUUGAAACGAACCGAACUCGUCGCUUUAUUCAACACUUUGGGUCGCAUUUCACAUUCCCUCCGCGCUAUCAACGAGUUCCGAACUUUGAUUGAAGCCGAAGAGAACAAGCCUAAAGAGGCUGUUGAGUUAACAGAUCGUGUUACGCAGCCACACAAUGCCAUUCAAGAUCAACCUCGUGAAGAUCCAAUAGCAAAAGACUUUGCGGAUUAUGACGAGGAGACAAGAUUGAAGCGUGAAAUCCCUACUGCUUCGGAUCUCAUUUGGAAGGAAUUAAGAUUGACAUGGAAUGUAACCAAAUAUGUUAUUUGGGGAUGGGUCAGAUUCCCCGUAACUAUGUGGGAAAUUUUUGUGCUCGAAAUCUCUAGAUUUUGGGAAUAUUAUAUUGGUCUUCCAGUAUCUCCUAGGCAGUGGACGAUCGUACGCCCAAAUUUUGAUGAACUUUAG